AUGCCUUCCAAGUCAUUGAUUCUGCUGGGUCUCUUUGCACUUCUUUUCAUCGUCUCAGCAGUUGUCUCGGCAAGUGUGGUGAAGUCAGAGAGUGAGAAAACUGUGGAAACAGAACAAUUUGGUGGUGGUCACGGCGGCCAUGGAGGCUACAACGUAAGAGGAUUCACCGGAGGGGGAAAUGACCCCAACUUAGGAGGUAAGUGUCGCCACGGCUGCUGCAAACGACUUUUCAGUGACUGCGCAAAGUGUUGCUCUUAUGCUGGAGAAGCUGUUCAGGCAAAGCCCGGCCACUAAAUGAAUCAACAACGACCAUAUAUACAUUUAUAUGUGUUUAUGAGUCUACGUAUGUUUGUAGUGUUGUACAGGGCCGUCCCAUAAUUUUGAGUGGCCUAAAGCAAAAAAAACUUUUUGUGGUCUCUUAUACAAAUACCAACAAUAAAUAUUAACAGACAACCCAUACAAAAAAGUAUAUAGAAUCAUCGAAUGGUAAAAAAAUAAAACUAUGUUGGACAAAAGGAAGAUAGAACUACGAUAUGCUCAGUUACAAAAAAAAAAAACUACGAUCUGCUAACUCAAAUUAAACUAUUAAACCAUCUGACCUAAACUAAUACUCAGUGACAUGGCCUUAAUGUUUUGUUUAUAUUUUGUGGUCUAAAGCAAAUGCUUUAGUUGCCUUAUAGCAGGGACGGGCCCGGUGAUGUAAGUGCCUCAAGUGUAACAAAGGGGCAUGAUAUAGAUUAUGCAAUGUCUCUGUGUUUAAGUUGUAAUCUUGGUUGUUUUCCUAAUAAAAAUAGUUUGUAGUUUGUUUUUCUCUUUCAGUUUUCUUUUCUGCAUUGGUAUUUUAAAUAAAUAUUUGUACUUUUAACGCUGAGAAUCUAUACUAUUAAUAGGGAAAAAAUCUUAAAAAAUUUACUUACACAAUAU